GCUUGACACCUGUGUUUGACAAAUAAAGGGCUGCUUCAGUUCCGAGCGUUGUCCAGUGGCAGCAGCAGCAGCAGCAGCAGAGGAAGAGGAAGCGUGGGAUUCCGUUGCAAUCAGCAGCAAUUCCCAACGACACCGCACCUCAACACCAAGACCACACUCUAGAUACUCAAUAAAAUGGCAGUCAAAGUAGGAAUUAACGGUUUCGGACGUAUUGGACGCAUUGUCCUGCGUAACGCUCUCCUCGCUGACGAUGUCGAGGUUGUUGCCGUCAACGACCCCUUCAUUGAUCUCGACUACAUGGUCUACAUGCUCAAGUACGACUCGACCCACGGCCGAUUCCAAGGCGAGGUCAAGGCCUCUAACGGCAAGCUUGUCGUGAACGGCAAGGAAAUCACUUGCUACGCCGAGCGUGACCCUGCCUCCAUUCCAUGGGGCAAGCACGACGUCUUUGCCGUUGUCGAGUCCACCGGUGUCUUUACGACCCAGGAAAAGGCAGCUGCUCACUUGAAGGGUGGCGCAAAGAAGGUUGUCAUCUCGGCUCCUUCUGCCGAUGCACCCAUGUUUGUGUGUGGUGUCAACCUCGAGGCUUACUCGAACGACAUGACUGUUGUGUCCAAUGCUUCUUGCACCACCAACUGUCUUGCUCCCCUCGCCAAGAUCAUCCACGACAAGUUUGGCAUUGAGGAAGGUCUCAUGACAACUGUGCACGCCACCACGGCCACACAAAAGACAGUCGAUGGUCCCUCCGGCAAGGACUGGCGCGGUGGUCGUACCGCUGCAGACAACAUCAUUCCAUCGUCCACCGGAGCUGCCAAGGCCGUCGGCAAGGUCAUUCCUUCCCUCAACGGCAAGUUGACUGGUAUGGCUUUCCGUGUUCCUACCACCGACGUUUCGGUUGUUGACUUGACCGUCAAGCUCGUCAAGGAGGCAUCGUACGAUGAAAUCAAGCAGACCAUCAAGGAGGCUUCCGAGGGUGCCUACAAGGGUAUCAUGGGCUACACCGACGAUGAGGUCGUGUCGCAGGACUUUAUCGGCGAGACAUGCUCGUCUGUCUUUGAUGCCAAGGCCGGGAUCCAGCUCUCCCCCAAGUUUGUCAAGCUCGUUUCUUGGUACGACAACGAGUACGGCUACUCUCGUCGUGUUGUUGACCUCGUCCGUUACAUGGCUUCAAAGCAGGAGUCGUCGUCAUCUAAGCUUUAAGCCUUUGGAUCGUGUGCUUCGUAGUGAAUCUUAAAAAUUUUACAUUCUCGCCGCAUGAACGUCUAUCUACCGUAUUUGUUG